AUGGCAUCCAGCAAGUCGCGCUUCACCGUCGCAAAGCUCGAUGCAGGCAUGGCCAUCCUCCUGACUGCAGACCAUCACCUCAUUGAAUUCCCGUCGCUGCUUCUCCCACCCAAUAUCGCAGCCGGCAGCAUCAUCGAUCUUGCGGUCGCUCAAAACACCACAAAGGAAGAGGAAGAGACUAGGGCGUUUGAGAAGCUACAGGAAGAGAUACGCUCGCUAUUUGGCGUCCAUGCACCGUCUACACCGAAUCUCAGCGUGCGGAAUACAACGCAGACCAGUGUCGUUCUUGCGUGGGACUUGUUGGAUCUUGCAACGGCAGAGAUGCGCAGCAUGUCGCUCUACAAGAAUGGAUCAAAGCUCGGCAAGAUACCCAAUGCAACAACCACAACAACGAAACUUUCUGGCUUGGCGCUCGACACCGACUAUACGUUCCAGCUUGUGCUUAAAACAACCGCUGGUACACAAUCGUCCAAUGCGCUCAAGAUCAAGACGCACAAGAUGACGAAUCUAUCGGGUCUCAAUGUCUGCGUGGGUCAUAUCCGUGAUGCAGACCGCGCGUCGCUCGAAGAAGCACUACGUCGCAUUGGUGCGAAACCACCACAUGAACAGGUGCGUAUUGACACGACGCACUUCGUAACGGAUCGUGGCAUGGGUGAUGAAUUUGUCAAGGCGCAACAACUCAAUAUACCCGUGGUGGUCCCUGAUUUCGUGGAGGCGUGUGAGCGUGAAGGUAGGCUUGUUCGUGUGGGUGAAUGGUACCUGGACUCUGAUCCGUCAAAGAGACAGAAACGACCAGCUGCUGCUGCUGCUGCUGCAGCCGCCACAACAACUGUGGCCGCUGGAGCGACAACUGCUACAGCGGACACUGAAAGUUCUGCACCUACAAUGACAAAAGCCGUCGAGGGCGACAAGCUAAAGGAGGACUCGAGUGUGGCAGAGACUGUUGUGGAAAAGGUUCAAGAAGCAGCCGGGCAAGUCAAGGCUGGCGCUGUCGCUGUGCAACAAAGCCUCGCAGAAGGUGCAGAUCAGCUGGCCCAGAAGGUCGGACUCAAAAGCACAUCAGAAGAGACUGAAGCCGCGAACGAAACGACCUCAAGCUCGGAGUUGCCCACACAAGAGACUGAGACGGUAGAAGAGGUCGUGUUAUCUCCAGCAGAGGCAGCACCGACGGAAGCCACAGAACCAGAGCCUGCGGCGCUCACUCGAGAGGAAAAGGGAAAGGGGAAAGCGACAGAGCCACCAGCAGACGCAUUUCCGCCCUCCAUGAGUCGAUCAGCUGCCAAGGAUGAUGAGUUCGAGAAAGUGACUGUCCUGGCGUGCGACUUUUCAGACAUUUUUCAAUCCUCCGCAAACAAGAAAGACAUCGAUAAGGGGAGGAAACAGCGCGACUUGUUUUCCGGUGCAGACGAGCCUGCAGUACUGCGAGAAGCUCCAAGGAUGUGCGGCAUUCUUGGUUGUCUCCUAUCCAACCCGAAUGGCUUUGCCUGUGCCGACCUGAGCGAGGGCCUCUACAUCCUCCAACAUCGCGGCCAAGACGCUGCUGGCAUGGUGACUUGUGGGCCCAAAGGUCGCUUCUACCAAGUCAAGGGCAAUGGCAUGGUCUCCAACGUUUUUGGCGGUACUAGCGUCAUGCAAGGCCUUGUGGGUAACAUGGGCCUGGGUCACCUCCGGUAUCCCACUGCCGGCAGCUCUGCCAAUUCAGAGGCACAGCCAUUUUAUGUCAACUCACCCUACGGAAUCUCUCUCGCACAUAAUGGCAACCUCGUCAAUGCGGCCGAGUUGAAGGAAUACCUAGAUGAGACGGCGCAUCGACACAUCAACACGGACUCUGAUUCGGAGCUGCUACUCAAUGUCUUUGCUUCAUUUUUGGAAGAGACUGGUAAAGUGCGCAUCAAUGAAGAGGAUCUCUUCACCGCACUCGAGAGUAUGUACAAGAAGUGUGAAGGCGGCUAUGCAGUCGUUGCCAUGCUCGCUGGUUUCGGCAUCAUGGGAUUUCGGGAUCCUCAUGGCAUCCGACCCCUUGUUCUAGGUGAACGACAAACGCAGCACGGAACAGAUUACAUGUUUGCCUCUGAAAGUGUCGUUCUUGACCAACUCGGCUACAAAAAUAUGCGGGACAUUGCUCCCGGUGACUGUGUCAUCAUCCGGCAGCGAAAAGUCAAGGAAGCGACAGAUGGUUCGCCACAAGUUACGGCACGUCAAGUUGUGCCUGCGAAAUCUUAUACGCCUGAUAUCUUCGAGUAUGUCUAUUUCGCACGACCAGACAGUAUCAUGGACGGCAUCUCCAUCUAUCGCUCGCGUCUAGCCAUGGGCGUGAAGCUCGCCGCUGAAGUUGUGAAUGCUCUGGGUCCAGCCUACAAGGACAUGAUUGACGUGGUCGUACCGGUUCCCGAUACCUCGCGCAACAGUGCUCUCGAGUUGGCACAAUACCUGGAUCUCAAUUACAAAGAGGGUUUCAUUAAGAACCGUUACGUCGGCCGAACAUUCAUCAUGCCAGGCCAAAAGAUGCGUCGCCAAAACGUCCGCCGCAAACUCAACGCCCAAGGUCAAGAGUUCAGGGGGAAGAAUGUCUUGAUUGUAGAUGACUCCAUUGUACGCGGCACAACAUCGCGCGAGAUUGUGCAAAUGGCUCGCGAUGCAGGUGCUCUCCGCGUCUACUUUGCAAGCUGCGCACCACCAAUCCGGCAUAACCACAUUUACGGCAUUGACCUGGCGGACCGUAAAGAUCUCGUUGCACACGAACGUACAGCGGAAGAUAUUUCACGCGAAAUUGGUGCUGAUCGCGUCAUCUACCAGCAGCUUGAUCAGCUUGUCCAAGCCUGUCUAGCAGAAUCAAGCAAUCCAAACGUCAAAGGCUUUGAAGUCGGUGUCUUUUCAGGAGAGUAUGUGACGGGCGUACCGGACCGCUACUUCGAGCAUCUCGAAGCGACACGUGCUCGAAAUGCUCGCAUCAAGACAGGUACACAACCUGGUGGCUAUGGUACUGCACUGAGUGAUGCUGGCGUGGAGCAAGCUGCACAAGACGACGUGUCACUCUACAAUGCGCAUGCCAAUGGCGGCGAUGGAUGCAAGCGUGGAUAA